GAAGUCUCGCGAGAGCCGGCGGCCGCUGUCCUUGGGCGCGCGGGGCCAUGGCGCGGAGGCUCCUGAGUCAGUACGCGGACGUCCCCGAUGGCACCGACUGCCACCGCAAGGCCUACGCCAGCACCGGCAUCGGCGGCGCCGCGGGCCUGGCCUUCUCCGCCUAUAGCCUCGCGCUCAAGCCCCCAGGCACCAUCCUCGAGGGAGUGGCGAGGGCCGGACGCCACACGUUCACUGCAGCGGCCAUCGGAGCCGUGUUCAGCCUCGCCUCGUGCGUCAGCGCCCAAGUCCGCGAGAAGCCGGACGACCCCCUGAACUACUUCAUCGGAGGCUGCGCCGGAGGCCUGACCCUGGGAGCACGCGCUCACAGCUAUGCGGUUGGCGCCGCCGGCUGCGUGUACCUGGGCACCAUGGCCGCCCUGGUCAAGAUGGGCCAGCUGGAGGGCUGGGAGCUGUUCGCAAGACCCAGGGUGUGAGCUCUCCGCCUGCGGCGCUUCUAGAAAUAAACCUGCGUGUGCGUG